UCUCUCUCUCUCUCUCUCUUUUUUUUAAAGAGGAAACUCCAUUUGGCUUCUUCGGAGGUGUCUCACUCAUCUUGGCAGGUUCUUCCCCAAUCUCUCCCUCUCUCUCCCUCUCUCUCUCUCUCUCCCUCUCUCUCCCUCUCUCUCUCUCUCACCCUGCGCCUGUAUGCCGGCACUUCACGUGUGUGAGUGUGGGUGGGUGUGUGCCUGUAAUGUGUCUUUGUGUCUGUGAGUGAAUGUGCGUGUGUAUGUGUAUCUGUGUGUGUAUGUGUGUGUGUGGUCUGACUGACUGGGUUGUCCAAAGAGUCUUUGAGAGUUAGUUUUUUUUUUGUCGUAAUCAUUACUGUAUGUGAGGCAAGCAGCGGAGCCCUCUGUCUCCUUCUAGCUCGGAGCGGCGUUCCCUCUCUCCCCUGGCAACUGCACCACAGGAUGUGGACUCUCACCCGUCUUGUUCGGCACAUGUCGCUGCUCUUUUUUCUCCGACUGACGUUGGCUGCAGAGGACCAGAGAGAGAACCGCUGGGCCCGAGAGGUGCAGUCGGCCUCCAGCCUGGAGGAGUUCCUGAGGUUGACCAACUUCCCCGACUGGAAGCUGUGGAAGUGCCGCCUCAAGCUGAAGCACCCGGACUCCUCCGCCCACCUCGGCCCCCAGCUGCUGCCGGACUCCCGGUCCCCCUCGCACCGCUCCACGCGGUACGCCUCCGCCUCCUACAGCCUGGAGAUACUGAAAGCUAUUGAUGACGAGUGGCAGAAGACGCAGUGCAUGCCUCGGGAGACGUGUGUGGACGUGGCCAAGGAGUUGGGCACGCCAACGGCCAUGUUCUUCAAGCCUCCAUGCGUCUCCGUCUUCAGGUGCAACGGCUGCUGCAACAAGGAAGGGGUCACCUGCCGAAACACCAGCACCACCUACAUUAACAAAACCCUCUUCAGUGUGAUGCCAUUUAAAAACCACCCGGAGCCUGUGCUGGUGAAGGUGGCCAAUCACACGGAGUGUAAAUGUCUGGAGCCGCCGCUCAUCCGCAGGCACACGCCCACACCUACACGCAGGAGGAACUGGUGCUACCAUGGAGGACGCUCUGAAUCGUCUCACAGACUUUGUGACAAUGGGUUGAUAUGGGACUGCAUGGAGAACCGCUGUGUGCCAUAUCCAUCACAUACAACAGCUCCAGAGGUGUCCCCCAGCGACCAGAACCCUCAGUGCGAUAUUGAUGUGGAUCGCUGUGAGUGCAUCCCCAAAGAGGAGCAGCCCACUUAAUCCCCAAGGGGCAGAGUGAGAGAGCGCCACCAUCUCAAACAGCUGCAGAAAAGUGAAGAUAGUCCAUGGUGAUGAAGAAAACACAAGACAAUCUGCUGGAUUUAACAGGCGGAGAUCAACACAUUCUAAUUUAUUAAUGUUUCUAUUUAUGUCACAUGGCCAUGUACAGCCGCUGCAUCUUAACCACCUCCCGAAUGAUCAGAGUCUUUCAUUAACAAGAAUCUACUUCCAAGAGUUUCUGUACAAGAGUAGUAUGUACCGGUACUGUAAAUAUGACGCAUGCCUUUCUUCUGUGCACUGAGAGAAAUCCAAAUCCAAAUUGUACUUUAUGAAAAAAAAUAUUUUUGUAAUUAUACUGCCAGUCCAUGUAAAUAGAUAUAUUGUAUUUUA